AUGUGCUUUUCGUCGGAGCCAAGGCCGCUGAUCGUGCCUCCCUUCGAAGGACAGAGGACCGGCUGCGGCGGGGGCGGCGGCGACGCGACUGAGGUGGCGCAGCGGUGCCGGCUCGUUCGGGAUUUUUUCUUUAUCUCUGCUGGCUCGUGCCGCUGCUUUGCGGUUUCAUUUCUCGAUCGAGGCAAGCGCCUCGCGGCCGACGUGCCGCCGACGGCUCGCUUGGCCGAGGUCGACCCCGAGGUUCAAGCUUCGCCGAUGGGUGGCGGCGGGCCGCUCACGCCUCGGACGCGUGACGAGACGGCUGCCGUUCCGACAUGGGUAGACUGCGCGCUUGGCUCGGCCUGCGGCCUCGCCUCGGCCUGCUGCGCCGCGCCCUUCAUCCUCACCGUCGACCGUGCCGUCACGGAGAACAGCGCCGGGAAGAGCGGGCUCGGCGCCGCGCUGCUGAAGGGGCUGAGGCAGGUCUUCACGCGCCCUCACGUCAUGCUGACCAGCCUCCCGUACUGGAUGGUCGCCGGCGUCUACGGCUCGACCUACGCCACCGCGAACUCGAUCGACGCUGUCAGCGAGCGCGCCUUCGACCCCGACGCAGAGAACAAGUUCGUCAAAGGCGCCACCAAGCUCUUUGGCGUCACGGUUGUCAACAUGUGCGCCGGCGUUGCAAAGGACGCCGCCUUUGCGCGGAUGUUUGGAGCGGGCGGCGCCAAGCCUCCGCCGGUCCCUCCCGUAACGUACAUGCUCUUUGCCGGCCGAGACGUUCUCACCAUCGCCGCGGGCUUCACGGCGAGCGCGGCCAACGCCUCGCAGCUGCUUUCCCCCGUCGGCAUGCAGUGCCUCCUCACCCCCGUCCACCUCCUGGCGCUGAAUAUGUACAACGUGCCCAUCGCCACGCCCGCGCAAAGGGCCAGCCAGGUGGGGCCGCUGCUGCCGUCGUCGACGCUCGCUCGGAUGGGCCGCUUCGGAUGCGCGUACGGCAUCGGCGGCAUCAUGAACACGCGGCUCACCAACGCCGCGAGGGAGUGGGCGGUGAGGGCCUACGCGCCCGAGAACUGACGUUGUCGUUGUUAUUAUCGGUCUUGUCGAAUGGAGCACUUAACGAACACAUUUAUCACGA